UUCAGUUGCGUUGCGUACACAAUACCACCCCAUCAUAUCAGCUAGUUGUUGUAUUUCGACAAUGGCAGAGACUUUAAAACUCUGCCAGGUUUUGCUGCGAAGGCGUUUGUUAAAACUGGGCUAUAGCUCAUCAUGUCAAGCUUUUCAUACCUCUGCAAGAAAUCAAGUUUACGAUCCAAAUCCGAAAGGGGGCUUCAGGAAAGAAGGAGAUUUGAAUUUUCCCAGUCGAACAGAAAUGAUUCGAGACGGCUUGAAACAACUCAAAGGUGAAAUCAUGCUUUGGAAAGAAGAGGUGAAAGAAAAAUUAGCUAUGGACCCUCUCAUGGUGGCAAGAAAAGGUGAGGUGGACGUGCAGUGGCAGUUUAACAACCCUGAGGUGCUGGCCAAAUUCCAGCUCAAUUCUGACAGGGACCAGAAUCACGGCUAUAGCACCUGCGAGCUCAAAAUGAGUCCUUCCGGCAAAGGUCUCUUUACAGGUUUUAUUGACACACGGUGUCCAAAGGAUGGAAUCAUCAGCACCACCGGCUACUGCUCGAUGAGAACCUACAGGGCCAGGAAAUCGUUCAAACGGGACAGCUACCUGAACUGGUCUAUGUAUAACACACUGGUGAUGCGAGUGCGCGGGGAUGGACGCAGUUACCAGCUCAACAUUGCCAACGCUGGCUAUUUUGACAUAACGUGGAAUGAUGUCUUUAAUUUUAUCCUGUACACAAGAGGCGGCCCUUACUGGCAACUCGCAAAGAUACCCUUUUCGAAAUUUUUCUACGUAAGUAAAGGCAGAGUUCAGGAUAAGCAACGGCCGAUCAACCUGGAGUUGGUCUCCAAUUUUGGCAUCACAGCUACAGACUCCUCAAGUGGGGAAUUUAACUUGGAGAUAGACUACAUCGGCUUGGAAUUUGAUCCUGCUCACCAGGAAACGUUUGCAUACGAAAAGUAUAAGCAUAGCAACUUCAUUGUGGGUAAUUAAUAAAAUGCUGUUUCAAUUUGAA